UAGCGUGGCCGCCGAUUGGGACGUUUGGACCCGGACGUGGCCAGAUGCUGCAGCUUGGUGGAGUCCAGAGCUUCUCCCCGCCCCCCGCCGGGCUGAGCCAAGACUGCCUAGGAGAUUUGGGGGAGAAUCAAUGGAUUCAGGAAGCAGGAGUUUGGAGAAUACAGUGAAUAGGGUCUAUCAUGAUCAGCUUGUUCCAAAGAUAAACACAAGCAAGAAAAUGUCCACCUUAUCAAACCCAUCUAACAUCCUGGAAAAGCCACAAGAGAUUAAGAAAAACUGUGGAGAAAAACAGGUAGAAAUAACAGCCAAAAGAUUAAAAAUGGCAAAGAGCAUGAAAGAAAAACAAAGCAAUGAUGUAGAGAAAGUGGCCUUUAAAAGGAAGGCAGAAGGUGAAGAAAAGCCAACUGGAAAGAAAGAAGCAAAGAUAAUGGAACUAGACAAUCAGUUAAUCACCAUGCCUCUGCCUCACAUUCCCUUAAAGAACAUAAUGGAUGUGGAAAUGAAGUUGGUCUACAUUGAUGAAGAGGACGUGAGCUUUGAGUUUGUAGAGUCCUUCACGAACACUGGGAUCCAGCCAACAUGCCGAGCUGCUGAAAUAGUAGACCCUUCGAGCAUACCUAAUUUCAGUUUUCUGCCUCAGAUUGACAAAUGGCUUCAGGUUGCCUUAAAGGAUGCCAGCUCUUGCUAUAGACAAAAGAAAUAUGCCGUGGCUGCAGGACAGUUCAGAACAGCACUUGAGCUUUGCAGCAAAGGGGCAGCUCUGGGAAAAACAUUUGAAGCAUCUGCUGAGGAUAUAGCAAGUGUGGCAAGUUUCAUCGAGGCAAAGCUUGUUACUUGCUAUCUACGAAUGAGGAAACCCGAUCUUGCCCUGAAUCAUGCACACAGGAGCAUUGUUUUAAACCCAGCCUAUUUCCGAAAUCAUCUUCGUCAGGCAACAGUGUUUAGAUGUCUGGAGAGAUAUUCAGAAGCUGCCCGGAGCGCCAUGGUUGCUGACUACAUGUUCUGGCUCUGUGGAGGAAGCGAACAGUGUAUAAGCAAACUCAUCAAACUGUACUGGCAGGCCAUGAUUGAAGAAGCCAUCACCAGAGCCGAAUCUUUCUCAGUGAUGUACACACCAUUUGCAACAAAGAUUAGAGCCGAUAAAAUAGAAAAAGUAAAAGAGGUUUUCACAAAAACUCAUCCUGUGUAUGUGGAGUAUAUCUACACAGAUCUUCAGGGACUCCAUGUGUUGCCUCAAACAAUCAAUUGGGCAUCUUUUCCUCCCCAACAAUAUCUCUUGACUCUUGGGUUCAAAAACAAAGAAGAUGGGAAAUUUCUGGAAAAAGUAUCAAAUAGGAAGCUGCCAACGUUUAUAGAACAUAAAACUCCCUUCGGUCUGCUGACCAGAGAAGACACAGUGAGACACAUGGAGACAAUGGGGAAGCGAAUCUUGCCAAUAUUGGAUUUUAUUAGAAGCACACAAUUGAAUGGAAGUUUCCGUGUAUGCUCAGGUGUGAUGGAGAAGUUGCAAUAUGCCAGCGUCCUCAGCCGGCUGCAGAGAGUAAAGGAACAGUCCCAGGUGAUUAAUCAAGCAAUGGCGGAGUUAGCAACCAUCCCCUAUCUACAGGACAUCAGUGAACAAGAGGCGGAAUUGCUGCAGUCACUAAUGGCAGAUGCUAUGGACACCCUUGAAGGAAGAAGAAACGAGAAAGAACGUGUGUGGAAUACAAUCCAAAAGAUUGGACAAAUUGAAGAUUUUCUGUACCAAUUGGAAGAUAGUUUCUUAAAAACCAAAAAACUGAGGACUGCUCGAAGGCAGAAAACGAAAAUGAAGCGGCUUCAAACGGUGCAGCAAAGCUAGUCACUGGAGAGCAGGCGUCACCACUAAGGCAUCCCAGAGGAAAAGGCAAGGGCAGUUACCAGACAGACCAUGACAGCCGGCAGCAAAGGCCGAUAGCCACAGGAAGGAGGGGCACUUCCCCCUGGCUCAUCUGUAGCAACCAGUUUCUAUACCUCAUUAGUCUCAGUUGGCAGCAAUAAACGUUCUCGGCAAGUUUGACUUGACUCCUGUUCAAAUGUAUCUUGUUUAAAUAACUGAUAAAAUAACCAUUGCUGCCACUUUCACCUGCCUUGUUUUUUCAAAAUUGACUAAGGUAUACCAGUUCUGCACAGGUAUGUUCAUGGUAUGCCUGUAUAAUCAUGCAUAUUCACUAAGGUUAUUCAUAAAGAUGUGGGCAGACAAUAUAAAUGCAAAUUAAAAAUUAUAAAACUGAUAUUAUACCU